AUGGGUUCUCUGGAAAAUGGAACAGAGAGAGGAGCAAUGCAUGGAAAUGAAGGAAUCGAAGAGGCGGAACCAAUACUAUUGGAGCAAUCCCAGAGGUUUUGCAUGUUACCUAUUAGAUAUCCACAACUUUGGGAGAUGUACAAAAAAGCAGAAGCGAGUUUCUGGACUGUUGAGGAGGUUGACCUCUCACAGGAUGUGCAGCAGUGGGAAACUCUAUCUAAAUCUGAAAAGCACUUUGUAAGUCAUGUGCUGGCAUUUUUUGCUGCAUCAGAUGGGAUUGUCUUAGAAACUUUGGCUGCCAGAUUUCUAAAUGAUGUCCAGAUUCCAGAGGCUCGGGCAUUUUAUGGAUUUCAAAUGGCAAUGGAAAAUAUACAUUCAGAGAUGUACAGCUUACUUCUGGAGACAUACAUCAAGGAUUCUGAAGAGAAAAACAGAUUGUUCAAUGCAAUUGAAGAAAUUUCUUGUGUUGCACAGAAGGCAAAGUGGGCCUUGCAUUGGAUUAAGAGUUAUCACUCAUUUGCAGAGAGACUUGUUGCUUUUGCAUGCGUUGAAGGAAUUUUCUUCUCUGGGAGCUUUUGCGCAAUAUUUUGGCUUAAGAAGAGGGGAUUAAUGCCAGGUUUGACAUUCUCAAAUGAACUUAUUUCAAGAGAUGAAGGACUCCAUUGUGAUUUUGCUUGCCUUUUGUACAGUACAUUACGAAACCAACUGCAUUCUCAAAAAGUUCAUCUUAUAGUCAAUGAAGCUGUUGAAAUUGAGACCCAAUUUGUUUGCGAUGCGCUUCCUUGUGCAUUGAUUGGAAUGAAUUCCGACCUAAUGAGUCAGUACAUAAAGUUUGUUGCUGAUCACUUGCUGGUUGCUUUAGGCUGCCAGAGGAAGUAUAAUGUUGAAAACCCCUUUGAUUGGAUGGAAUUUAUAUCAUUACAAGGAAAAUCUAACUUCUUUGAGAGAAGGGUGGGAGAUUACCAGAAGGCUUCUGUUAUGACAAGCUUACGAGGCGAUUCAAAGAGCUAUGAAUUCAAACUGGACGAUGACUUCUAA